ACAACAGCUAGGCAGUGAGGGCUGGUUAGCCUGAUGGGUCUCGUCCAUUCCGUUUUCAUGCCGCCCAGGUCUUCUGAACGAAAAGAUCUGCAGAGACCCAGGAGCUCUCUUGGCCCCAUUUGAAGCUGUUUCAGAGAACAGAGACACAAUGGAUGCCCUCUCCCCAGCAGGUGAAGGAGAUGGAAACAGCCCGCAUUGUGCUCGGCCUGGGAGCUGUGGAGAAAUCUGGGAAAGAUCUGGACAGAAUAUCUUGGAAGAGGAAACCAUAAUGUCGGAGCGAUAUCACUGGCACUUCAGGAAUGUCCGCUACCAGAUGUCCAAGGGACCCCGUGAGAUUUGCAGCCAGCUCUCCCACCUUUGCCAUCAGUGGCUGCAGCCAGAAAGACGCACCAAGGCUCAGAUGUUGGACCUGCUGGUCCUGGAGCAGUUCUUGGCCAUCCUGCCCCCAGACAUGGAGAGCUGGGUGCGGGAGUGUGGGGCGGAGACCAGCUCCCAGGCGGUGGCCCUGGCCGAGGGCUUCCUCCUGAGCCAGGCAGAGGAGAAGAGGCUAGAAGAGCUGCAGAUCCAGAGGUCUUUCGUGGAGGCAAUUGCCGAAUGUCCUGAUGGAAGGAGGGGUGAUCCCUCAAAUCCAUCUCAGAGGGCACUUUUGGGGGGCUUCUCCAAGGAAGAUCACAGUCAGGACACCUCACUAGGAAGCAAAGAGAUGUCGUUGGCAUUUGUAGGACCAUCUCCUUUUCCUGGUAGAAUCAAAAGAGCAUCUGAACCUCCAGCUCAGUCUCUCGUGUCCUUCAGGGAGGUGGCUGUACAUUUCUCCAAGGAGGAGUGGUCUCAGCUGGAUCCUCACCAAAAAGCCCUCCAUAAGGAAGUCAUGCUGGAGAAUGCUAGGCACGUGGCCUCUUUGGUCCUCAACCAGAUCUCAUCUCCUGGCUGGAAGAAAGAAAAUCCAGUCUUCUACUCCAUGGAAGGGAAGAGAUCAAGUGUUGCUUCCUUAGGGUCCAGAGGGCAAGAGAAUGAGAUGGAACCAUUCCAGAUGAUCACUGAGAAACAGCAAAAGGAGAUACUUGGAAAUAGAAUGGAACCCAAAAGUCCCGGAGGAACACCAUUAAAAAAUAGAAGAAAGAAAAUCUCCACUGUCCAGUGCACUCAAAUUCAAGAUUUCUUUGUGCAAGAAGAUGGCAAAGGACAAAGGAGAUGUUUAGGGGAAAGUGUGAAAAUAUUUGAAGAUGUAGUAGAUUUAAAUCAACACUCCAGAGCACACAUUAAAGAAGAACGAUAUGGAUGCAGGGAGGAUGGGCAAGAGUCUUGGGCUCUUUCUUUACAUACAAAAAUGAACAUGGUAGAGAAAGCUUAUGAAUGUACAGAGUGUGGAAAAAGCUUCAGCAAGAACAUUUCUCUGACUUCCCAUAAAAGGAUCCACUCAAGGGAGAAGCCAUAUAAAUGUAUGGAAUGUGAUAAGAGCUUCAAUAAAAGCAGUUGCCUUAUUUCCCAUAAAAGGAUUCAUACAGGAGAGAAACCUUAUCAGUGCAUGGAGUGUGGGAAAAGUUUCAUUGAUUGUAGAGGACUUAAUUCUCAUAAAAUAAUCCACACAGGAGAGAAACCUUAUCAGUGCAUGGAGUGUGGGAAGAGCUUCAGAUGGAGCAGUGUCUUUAAUUCCCAUAAAAGGAUCCAUUCUGGUAUGAAACAAUAUAAAUGCACCGAGUGUGGGAAGAGAUUCAGAUGGAGCAGCACCUAUAAUUCCCAUAAAAUAAUCCACACGGGUGAGAAACCAUAUAAAUGCAUGGAGUGUGGAAAAAGCUUCCGAGAUUCAAGUUCUCUUACAUCUCAUAAAAGGAUCCACACAGGAGAGAAGCCGUAUAAAUGCAUGGAGUGUGGGAAGAGCUUCAGGUGGCGAAGUGCCUUUAAUUCCCAUAAAAGGAUCCAUUCUGGUGUGAAACUGUAUCAGUGCACCGAGUGUGGGAAGAGGUUCAGAUGGAGCAGUGCCUUUAAUUUCCAUAAAAGGAUCCAUUCUGGGGUGAAACUGUAUCAGUGCGCCGAGUGUGGGAAGAGGUUCAGGGGAAGCAGCACCUUUAACUGUCAUAAAAGAAUCCACACAGGGGAGAAACUGUAUAAAUGCCUGGAGUGUGGGAAGAGUUUCACUCAGAACAGUCAACUUACUUCUCAUAAAAGAAUCCACACGGGGGAGAAACCAUAUAAAUGCAUGGAGUGUGGGAAGAGUUUCACUCAGAGCAAUCAACUGGCUUCCCAUAGGAGGAUCCACACGGGGGAAAAACCAUAUAAAUGCACCGAGUGUGGAAAAAGAUUCAUUGAUUGCAGAGGCCUUAGUUCCCACAGAAGGAUCCACACUGGGGAGAAACCUUACGAAUGCAUGGAGUGCAGAAAGAGUUUCAGUACAAACAGUUCUCUUACUUCCCAUAAAAGGAUCCACACAGGGGAGAAACCAUAUAAAUGUGUGGAAUGUGGAAAAAGCUUCAGCACAAACAGUUCUCUUAUUUCUCAUAAAAGGACCCACACGGGGGAAAAACCGUAUAAAUGCAUGGAAUGUGGAAAGAACUUCAGCACAAACAGUUCCCUUACUUCGCAUAAAAGGAUCCACACAGGGGAAAAACCAUAUAAAUGCAUGGAGUGUGGAAAGAACUUCAAUACAACCAGUUCCCUUACUUCGCAUAAAAGGAUUCACACGGGGGAGAAACCGUAUAAAUGUAUGGAGUGUGGAAGGAACUUCAGGAAGAGCAGUGAUCUUACUAUCCAUAAAAGGAUCCACACAGGAGAGAAACCAUAUACAUGCAUGGAGUGUGGAAAGAACUUUAGGGAAAAGAGAUCCCUUAACUCCCAUAAAAGGGUCCAUUUGAAGGAAAAACUUUAGAAGUUCAUGGACCUUUGGAAAGACCUUCAGUCAAAGCAUUCAUCUUAGUUCUCAUCAGUUAGUCUUCAGAAAAGGAAGUAAUAUAAAUCUGAAGUUCCAGACUGAGAGCUGCACUUGUAGCCAGGGAACAAAAAAUUAUUGGGACGAAAACAACAGAAGAUAAUAGGAUUUUCCUUUUAAAAAUCAUCAUAAUCAUUGUCAUCACUUUCUCCCCCUUCUCCCCUUGAUGUUAAUAAUAAUGGCAGUGAUGGAGAAAUCCUAUUAGUAGCCUAUCAGCAUCAUCUUUGGUCUGCCAAGAAUGUUGCCUGUAUUUUAAAAAAAUCUCCAAAGUUAAAUUAGUCUUUUUAAUAUUCAGUUUGUUCUUUUAUAUAAAGUUUGAUUUUGUUCA